AUGGUUUCCGCGGGCGGUCUGACCGUGCUUCUCCGGAGUGAUGGCAGCGCUGUGGCGUGUGGAAGCAACAUCCUUGGACAAUGCAACAUUCCCCUCUUGGAGAAGGGAAGCACAUACACCCAGGUAUCUGCGGGCGCAGAUCAUUUAGUUCUUCUCCGUAGUGAUGGCCGUGCUGUAGCAUGUGGAUACAAUGAUCAUGGGCAAUGCAACGUUCCACCUGCGGACGGAACGUGCUACAGCCAGGUUUCCGCCGGUGGGCUUCAUACGGUGUUUCUCCGACACGAUGGUCAAGCUGUUGCGUGUGGGAACAAUUAUCAUGGCCAGUGUCGCAUUCCACCGUUGGAAGAGGACAUAACAUACACCCAAGUUUCUGCAGGGAUGCGUCACACUGUGCUUCUCCGCAGUGACGGUCAAGCCGUUUCCUGUGGGAACAAUGAUGAUGGGCAACGUCGAGUGCCAGCCUUGAAGGAGGGAAUGUCAUACAGACAAGUUUCUGCAGGAAUGUAUCAUUCUGUGUUUCUCCGAAGUGAUGGCCAAGCUGUUGCGUGCGGCAGCAACGACCAUGGGCAGUGCGAGAUUCCGCCUUUGGCUGAAGGACUCUCAUACAUCCAGGUGUCUGCGGGGGGGGACCACACGGUGCUUCUCCGAAGUGAUUGCAGCGCCGUCGCAUGCGGAAUGAAUGAUGAUGGAGAAUGCAAUGUGCCACAGUUGGACGGAGAAGUGUCAUAUCUCCAGGUUUCUGCGGGGAUUUGUCACACGGUGCUUCUGCGAAGUGAUGGUCUUGCUGCAGCUUGUGGCUUGAAUCUUGAGGGGCAAUGCGAUAUUCCUACCCCUGAGCCCUUGAAUGGCUACACUUGGGAUCAUUCUCAUAUGCCACUUGGGAGAGACCUUGUUUUGCAACUUGGCUAUAUUCGUGAAGAUAAACAUAUGCUGACAUGCUCGAAUUUGGCUGGGCAUGAAAUGUUGCGCUUAAGCACAUCUGGAUCUGAUUUGGCCUGGCAUACGCAGAAACGCAUUGCGCAUGAAUUGCUUGUAAACCUCCGCAGUCUUCGAGUUGUCUUGCCUGACGGACGGUUGCUGGAACCCUUACUGGACUCUGAUCUGGGCUCGCCCUCGCCUAAGGUUGACCCAGCGAUGGAACUUGAGAAACCUUUGACUUCAAGCCACGUCCCUUCUUCGGCACUGAAGGCCUUUUAUCGCCUGGCCCGCUGGGCUUGGGAGGAUCCGCAGCGAGGCCGCCGCACUGGUGCGCUGAGCAUCGCCGUCUUCCUGCUGCUGCUGGGCGAGGUGGCGGCGGCCGGCCGCUACAGCGUGGUGCAGAAGAAUCUCAUCACCGCGUUGCAGGCCAAAAAUGCCAAAGUCUUCCAUCGCGGACUUUGGCAUGUGGGACGAAUCAUUCUUUGCAUCAGCCCAAUCAUUGCUCUCAGAGAAUAUGCCGCGGGCAUGCUGAGCAUGAUGUGUCGCACGAGUCUCACCUCUCGCUUGGCACUUGGCUACUUGAUGCCCAUGUCGGCUUCGUGCGUUUCGAGUGGCAAGGUGAGCCAAUCGUGUCCAUACUACACGCUGACUUUGACAGGCCAGAUUGACAAUCCAGAUCAACGUAUUUGUCAGGACGUGUCGAGCUGCGUGAGUGCCUCAGUGUCCUUUGCGCAGGACUUGGUGAGGACGUGUCUAAGUAUUGCGACCUUUGCGCCAGUGCUCUAUGCCAUCUCGCCCAGGGCGUGUCUGGGCGGGAUGAUUUAUGCGGUAAGUGGGACCCUUCUGGCAGCACGUGGUUUCGGGACCUGGCUGGGCUUCUACCAGAUGAAGAGUGUGCAACAUGAAGCCGAUUUACGCUACAAACUCAUUCGCGUGCGCGAAAAUGCGGAGUCAAUUGCCUUCUUCGAAGGUGGAGCGGCUGAAUGGUCCAAGUUUAACGGAGCCUUCCAGGAAUUGCUACGGACCAUGUACAAAAGCGUUCUGCUGACCACUGGCUACAGCAUGGUGAAUCGAACCUUUCACUGGGCGACCUUCGCAGUGAUUCCAAUGCUGGUGGGACCGGCCUACCUGGAGGGCAAGAUCGAGUUUGGCGUCAUCUCCCAGGCCACCAUGGCAUUCAACAUCAUCCUGGAAGCCUUGACCUUAGCCAUGCACCGCCUGGAAUCCUUGAGCGACCUCUCCGUGCGCUUGCGGCGCCUGGAACAUCUGGAGGACGCACUCAACGAUCGACGAAGUGGGGGAAUUCAUGGGUCCGAGUUGCAGGGCUCUCUACUACGCUUUAAGCAGGUGACCUUGCGCACGCCGACACAUCGCGAUGUCCCACCCAAGGUGCUCUUUGAGAAGUUAUCCUUCGAGGUGUCAGAGGGGCAAUCAUUACUGGUCUCAGGUGAAAGCGGCAUUGGCAAAAGUUCCUUGCUUCGGGCCGCUGCAGGCCUAUGGAAGGAUGGCGCUGGCACCAUUGAAUUGUGUGGCAGAUCGUCAGUCUUCUUCAUGCCGCAAAAACCCUACAUGUUUCUGGGCUCUUUGAAGGAUCAGCUGCUGUAUCCCUGCGUAGCUCACGAGAUCCCGGAGGACGCCAUCAGAGACGCCUUGCGACGAGUUCGGCUCGAGGACCUGCUGCAGGAGCAUGGCUUGUGGGAAGUCAAGGACUGGGCCAGCCUUUUGUCGCUGGGACAACAGCAACGUAUCAACUUUGCUUGGGUCCUUCUGCGUCCCAGUAUUUCUUUUGCUUUGAUGGAUGAGUGCACUUCAGCCUGCGAUCCUGCCAAUGAGUUCCAUUUGUACCGUUUGCUUCAAGAACACCUGCGGGGCUAUGUAUCCGUGGGCCACCGUCCGUCCCUUCAAGACUUCCAUAGCCACGUGUUGUGGCUGCGGCGGUCUGAAACCAACGGAAAUCCCGUUGAUAUAUCUUUUCUGAAUAUGAUUGAAUUCCAGCGGCUCAAUAAAUAA